CCCUGAGCAGAGUGUUUGUGCUACCCACAGUGUUGCCAGGCAUCCCUUGAGGAGGAGGUGCAUUAAAGUUGGAGAAGCAAGCCAGGGGAGAGUGAGUAAGUUGGCCUCAGUGCGGUGUGUCUGUGUCUCACUGUUUGACUUGUGCUCUUUCAGCAAGCAGAGUGAGGAACCUUUGGCCAGAUUUGGAGCUCAUCUGAAAUACAUUAAACCCCCGGAGAAGAAGGAUCGUCUGUAAUCUCGCUGCUCUCAGGGGUUUAUACAUGUAGCAGCAGCUCCUCUAAGAGACUGCUUCUGUCUCCUCAAGUCCAAAUAUUUUCCAAGCUCCAGAGGGCAGGACUGAAGAGAGAGAGAGAGAGAGAGACGCUUUGACUCUGUGCUUUCUUCAUAAUAACUUGGGGCUGAAAGUGAUCAGUGUGGCGACUGUUGUCAAAGGGAAAGACUUGAAACAAAACAUCGGCCCUAUCAUUCCUCGUCGUGUGCACGGGAGGUUUCAAGGACAAGUGAGCAGCCUUCACACAAAUACAGGAAACACCUGAAGGUUCUCCAAGGUUUAACCGCAGGAAAUACAGUUCCAAACGUCAGACACACUCUGCCACUUUUUUUUUAUUUUUUAUUUUGUUGUAAGAAGCUCCCUAUCCUCUUGUCAGUCAGUCAACAUGUCGCGCUGGGGGAGAAAAAAUGUGAAGAAGGCGCCUGAGGUGAUUCGCACCGUGACAGAAGGGCUCAAGUCCUUAUAUCGCAAGAAGCUGCUGCCUCUGGAGGAGUACUAUGGUUUCCAUGACUUCCACUCUCUCAGUCUGGAGGAUGCAGACUUCGAUAACAAGCCUAUGGUGCUGGUGGUGGGACAGUACUCCACUGGAAAGACAACGUUCAUCAAGUAUCUACUGGAGCAGGACAUUCCUGGGAGCAGGGUGGGACCUGAACCCACCACCGACUGCUUCACUGCCAUCAUGCACGGGGAGGUGGAGGGAGUCAUCCCCGGGAACGCCCUCAUCGUAGACCCCAACAAGCCUUUCCGCAAACUCAACCCUUUUGGGAACACCUUUCUCAACAGGUUCCAGUGCGCCCAGAUGCCCAACCAGGUUCUGGAGAGUAUCAGCAUCAUCGACACGCCGGGGAUCCUGUCCGGGGCCAAGCAGAGAGUGAGCCGAGGUGAGAGACGCGACAAAGGCUAUGACUUCCCGGCUGUGCUGCGCUGGUUUGCCGAGCGCGUGGACCGCAUCAUCCUGCUGUUUGAUGCCCACAAACUGGAGAUCUCAGACGAGUUCUCCGAGGCCAUCGGCGCCCUGAAAGGCAACGAGGACAAGCUGCGUGUGGUGCUCAACAAGGCCGACAUGGUGGGCACCCAGCAGCUGAUGAGGGUGUACGGUGCACUCAUGUGGUCCCUGGGAAAGGUGUUUGGCACCCCGGAGGUUCUGCGUGUCUACAUCGGCUCCUUCUGGUCCGAGCCGCUGAUGGUGGCCGACAACCGAAAGCUGUUUGAGCUGGAGGAGGAGGAUCUGUUCGCUGACAUCCAAAACCUCCCUCGCAACGCAGCUUUACGCAAGCUCAAUGACCUGGUCAAGAGGGCACGUCUGGUCAGGGUCCAUGCCCACAUCAUCAGCUACCUGAAGCAGGAGAUGCCUUCUGUCUUCAGGAAGGACAACAAAAAGAAGAAUCUGAUCUACCAGCUGCCAGUGAUUUUCUCUAAGAUCCAGCUGCAGCACAACAUUUCUCCUGGAGACUUCCCCGACUGUGCCAAGAUGCAGGAGCAACUGAUGGUUCAUGACUUCACCAAGUUCAAAACCUUGAAGCCUAAUCUGAUGACAGCCUUGGAUGAGUUGCUCUCCGCGGACAUCUCCAAGCUGAUGCCUCUGCUGCGGCAGGAGGAGCUGGAGGCGGGCGAGCAGCCGGGCGUGCAGGGCGGGGCCUUCAUCGGGACCCGCGCUGGGCCGUUCGGGGAGGGCGACCCCUUCACCAUGGAGAACGGAGAGGGAUGCGAGGAGGAGGAAGACUGGGUGGUGACCAAAGACAAGCCCAAGUAUGACGAGAUCUUCUAUAACCUGGCUCCCAGCGAGGGGAAGCUGAGCGGCAACAAGGCCAAGGACUGGAUGGAGAGCUCCCGCCUGCCCAACUCGGUUCUGGGUCGCAUCUGGAAGCUGUCCGACGUGGACCACGACGGCAUGCUGGAUGAUGAAGAGUUUGCCCUGGCCAGCCACCUGAUCGAGGUGAAGCUAGAGGGCCACGGUCUGCCCCCGGAGCUUCCCACGCGUCUGAUCCCGCCCUCCAAGCGCAGGCAGAAGGGUUCGGAUGCGUAGACAUGACACAAGUCCCUGGAGCUGAGAGAGACUCUUCUCUAUGGGCUGUGCCGCCGUUUGUAUUUGUUAUCCCCCCCCACACACACACACACACUCCCCAGACCCACGUCAAAACGUUUCCAUGUAAUGCAUUUAGAGCUGCAAAUAUUAAUCGAUCUGUUGUGCCACUCAAUUAAAUUAUUCACCAAUUAUUUUGAUAAUCAAUAACUUGCUUUGAGUCAUUUGUUAUGUGAAAAAAGGAAAACGUCUCUGAUUCCAGCUUGUCUAAUGUGACUAUUUUCUAGUUUCUUCACUCUUCUGUGACAGUAAACUGAAUACCUUUGAGUUGUGGACACAAACAAAGACAUUUGGGGACGUCAUCUCAGGCUUUGGGAAGCACAGAUCACCAUUUUUUACCAUUUUCUUAAAUUUUAGAGACCAAACAAUCGACAGAUUGAUCAACUAUGAAAAUAAUAGUCGUUAGUUGCAGCCCUAAAUGUGUACAACUUUUUCCUCUGAGACUGAUUUCGGUCUCACACAAUGGAACAUAUUGUAUUCAAGUGUAAGCCAAUCCUUUGAGACUAUCACAAGGACCUACUGCAAAAUAUUGUGUAUUAAGAAGUCACAUGGGUCUGGUUGCUUCAUCCCUUUGGCUCCUCAAAGUUAGCUUUUCAUGGCGAGCUUUAAAAAUAUAUCUACUUGUGUUUGCAGAGCAGAAGUAAAUAAAGGCUGGCGCCCUCUAAGUGAGCAGUAUUCUGCUUAUAUUUGAAAGCAUACAGAGCUCACCUUUUCUGUAUUAGAACCUUUACAUUGAACAUUCCUUCAAUGACUUGGUAGUAUUAUCUUGGUGAUAAUUUGUAGGAUUAUGCCAUUUUCAAUGAUUUGUUUAUAGCAUUUUUUUGACUUAAACUGGCAGCACACACCUAAUAACCUGAAUGCGUUUCACUUUUGAUGCUUCACAUGCCACAUUUUUGUGCAUAAACUUUAUAUAUUAUUUUUGUAUUUUGUUGCUGUUGGAUUUUUUUGUUUUUGUUUUAUGUGCAGGAGCGAGACCUCAGUUGUAUCCAAGAACAUGACAUUCUGAGGUGAACUUGUAAUUGAUGAUUGAUAUAUUACUGACUACUGUACACGGCUCCACCGACUGUUCUUACGUUAACCCAAUAAAGUUACCUGACUGUG